AAGCGCUUCAUGACUAAACAUGUUUCUCAAUGUAAACCCAACUUUAUUCAACAUAUUUUGUGGCUGUUUAACUGUUUGUUUGAUCAAGUAUUUGUUUAAUUUUAUUAAUCGACUUCGUAAACUCCCUUCUGGCCCAUGGGGCUUACCAAUUUUGGGUUACUUGCCAUUAACUAAGAAAGAUGCGUAUAUUCAAAUGACUGAACUGGCUAAAAAGUAUGGAUCAGUAUUCAGCUUUAAAUGUGGCCAGUUCGAUGUGGUUGUGAUCAACGAGGUGAAAGCCAUUGAGGAAGCUUUCAAGAAUGAUCAUUUAUUGGCUCGUCCAAAUACAACCUUUAUUCCUGGAUUCGAACGUGCUUCUUCAUUGCUUGAAAUGUCGGGUGAACUUUGGAAACAACAUCGACGAGUUGCUCUUACAAUACUUCGUAAUGUUGGUCUUGGGAAGAGUACUCUCGAAACAAAGAUCAAAGAAGAGAUUGGCCAUUUUAUUGAUGUUUUAAAAUCAACUCAUGGCAAAGAAGUUGAUUUCAAGGAGGUUAUUGGAUUGAGUGUUGCGAAUAAUGUAUCGAUCCUUUUGUUUGGACAUCGUUUUGAAUACAGUGAUCCAAUGGGAAUUGAAAUGUGUUGUAAUGAGAAGCAAGUUAGUGAUAAUGUUCAAUACUUCAGUAAAAUGUUUAUGCCUUCAAUAAGUUUUUUUGUUUCUUUGGCUACCCAAUUCAGCUCAGUACUCAGAAAAAUGACCAACAGCCAGAAGGAAAUAGAAAAGAAAAUCACAGCAGAAGUCAGAAAACACAAGGCAAAGAAAGCAACUCAUGAAAUUGAGGAUUAUAUCGAUGGUUACUUGCAAGAAAUGGAUAAGCAAAAAGAUUCCGGUACCAGUUUUCAUAAUAUGGACACAUUGCGGCGGAAUACUGCUAACUUUUACGCAGCUGGCAUGGAUACUGCAACACAUGUAUUGAGCUUCAUGAUGUUAAAUUUGAUUACUUAUCCUGAAUAUCAACAGAAAAUUCGAAAUGAAAUUAGGCAAACUAUUGGGCUCUAUCGUCAACCAGAUUAUGCAGACAGAGUUUCAAUGCAUUUUACAAUGGCGUUCAUUUAUGAAUCUCUACGAAUUUCAACAAUACUUCCUCUUAAUGUCCAUAGACGCGCUUCUCAAGACACGAAGAUAAUGAACUUCUUUAUACCCAAAGAUACAAUAGUUAUUUUCAACUUUUGGGCUGUUCAUCGUGAUCCAAAUCUAUGGAAUGAUCCCCAUCUAUUCAAACCAGAGAGAUUCCUCAGUGAAGAUAAACAGAAAGUAAUUAAGUCACCAAAUUUAAUUCCAUUCAGUGGAGGCAAAAGGAUCUGUCCAGGAGCGACUUUGGCCUUAACCGAGCUUUUUCUUUAUUUGGUUUCAAUGCUUCAAAAUUUUCAAGUUUCAGCUUCAGAAGGCGAGGAAAUAUCACACGAACGCAACAUGCUUCUCGAUCAUUUCAAAUCGAACUCAACUUUAUUCAACAUAUUUUGCGCUUGUUUAACUGUUUGGUUGAUCAAGCAUUUGAUCAACUUUAUUAAUCGACUUCGUAAACUUCCUUCUGGUCCAUGGGGUCUACCCAUUGUCGGUUAUUUGCCAUUCAUCAAGAAACAUGCGUAUAUUCAAAUGACUGAACUGGCUAAAAAGUAUGGACCAGUAUUCAGCUUCAAAUGUGGUCAGUGCGAUGUGGUUGUGAUCAAUGAGGUGAAAGCCAUUGAAGAAGCUUUCAAGAAUGAUCAUUUAUUGGCUCGUCCAAAUACAACCUUUAUUCCUGGAUUCAAACGUGCUUCUUCAUUGCUUGAAAUGUCGGGUGAACCUUGGAAACAACAGAGACGAGUUGCUCUUACAAUACUUCGUAAUGUUGGUUUCGGGAAACUAACGCUCGAAGAAAAAGUGAAACAAGAGAUUAAUAUGUUCAUUGACUCUCUAAAAUCGGCGAACGGUGCAGCAGUUGAUUUCGGUGAGGUAAUCAAACUGAGUGUAGCAAAUAAUAUCUCAAUACUUUUGUUUGGUCAUGGCUUUGAAUAUACUGAUCCGAUCGCAAGUGAAAUGUGUCGGAAUAUGAGACAAGUUAUCAAUAAUAUUGAAUACUUCAGUAAAUUUAUGUUUAUGCCUUCAAUUAAAUUUUUUGUUUUCCUGGCUGCCCAAUUCAAUUCUGAACUCAAAAAAGUGACCAGCAAUCAGAAGGAACUAGAAGAAAAAAUUACAGUUGAAGUCAUCAAGCACAAGGAAAAGAAAGCAACUCAUGAAAUUGAAGAUUAUAUCGAUGGUUACUUGCAAGAAAUGGAUAAACAGAAAGAUUCCAAUACAAGUUUUAAUAUGGACACAUUGCGGCGGAAUACUGCUGACUUUUAUGCAGCCGGUGCCGAUACUACAACACUUGUACUGAAUCAUAUGAUGUUAUACUUGAUUACAUAUCCUGAAUACCAACAAAAAAUAAGAGAGGAAAUUAAGCAAACUAUUGGAUUCGAACGUCAACCAGAUUAUGAAGACAGAACUUCAAUGCCUUUCACAAUGGCGUUCAUCUAUGAAACUCUAAGAAUAGCAACAAUCACUCCUCUUAAUUUACACAGACGGUCUGCUCAAGAUACGAAGGUAAUGAACUACUUUAUACCCAAAGAUUCAAUAGUUAUUUUCAACUUUUGGGCUGUUCAUCGUGAUCCAAAUCUAUGGAAUGAUCCCCAUCUAUUCAAACCAGAGAGAUUUCUCAAUGAUGAUGGGACAAAAGCAGUUAAAUCGCCAAAUUUGAUUCCAUUUAGUGGAGGCAAAAGGGUCUGUCCAGGUGCAAAUUUUGCCAUGACUGAGCUUUUCCUUUACUUGGUUUCAAUUUUGCAAAAUUUUCAAGUUUCAGCUCCAAAAGGAGAUAAAAUAUCUCAUGAAGUAGUAUAUGCCUUCAAUAGAAUACUGAAAAAACCUUUAAAAGUUCAUUUUCACAUUUUGAGUCUUUAAAAAGGUCGAACUCACCAAUUAAUGUACUAUAAUGUGUUUUGCUUAAUCACCAACUCAAUUUGGACUCUUCAAUUGUAAAAAUCUUGUAGACUAAGUUUUUUCUUUCAAUAAAAUUUACUUUUCUGUCAACUGAA